AUGCAGUAUGCGUAUGUGGGCGGCAAAUUAAGCGAUGACCUUUCCGCGUGGAUUACUCGACGCAUUAAUGCCACCGAGAACCAGCCUGUGGACUCUGUUGUCUAUGACACUGCUAAUGGGCCGGGCCCGAACCACUUCGGUUGGAACUACAAUGUGACAGCCGCUAUUAUUGCGGGGCGCCUUGAUUGCCUUCCCAAGGAGUUGGCGGUGUUCAUCAAGGCCGAGCGCCGGGGCGCCCUGUUGAUCUACCCCUGGAUAUGA